UAAUAUUUUACUUUUGAUAGUCACAAGAAAAUUUUGCUCAUGUAGUAGCAAUAUGCAUGAAAGAAUUUUUAUGGUUUUAUGUGUGCCAUCAUUUCUGAAUUUAUGCGUAUCACCAAAUCCUUAUUAAUUUCUACAUUGACAUGUAGAGAAAUGAAAGUUCCGUACCUCAUAUUUUUAUGGCUUUAUGCGUGCCAUCUGUUGGAUAAGUAUGGAUGAACCCAUGGGGGACAUGGGUUCAAGAGACUUGGUUGGGCCUAAACCUAAUUGAGGGCAUGAGUGACAAAGCAGGAGUUGGGCCCAAAUGUGGAGGAGUGUAACGACAAAGAAGACGCGGGGACCACGAUGCUUCGGGACCAAGAGGCUGAGAGCGUGCCACCUGGAAGUGUGGUCCUGCCAGGCGCCUGGGCGCCAGGGUCCGGGAGCUGCCACGUGUAGGUGCCCGACUGUUGGGCCGUAUCAGGCAUUUAAUGACGCGCUGACGUGGAGUUGGAUUCCAGGAGCCUGGUUGGAACCUCGACGAGUAUAAAUAGUACUAGGUAGGUAGCAUUUAAGCAUGUUGGCUUCUCUCACUAAAAACCCUCAGAUUACUUAUCUCUCUAAAAGCAGGCUCUGACUUAAGCGUCGGAGUGCUAACGGGCAGUUCCAAACCCAUUAGGCGUUUACCUGUGCAGGAUCUGUGCGCCUGACAGGAAGUGCUUUUGUUAAGGAGGAGAAGCAAGGUUCGGAGGAUCGUGGCUUCAACACCAUCAUUUCUGAAUUUAUGCGAAUCACCAAAUCCUUAUCAAUUUUAAUAGAAGGGCAUGUUUGGUAAUGUUUUCAAAGUACAAAGACAUGUUUGAUGUAAAAAAAAUAGUAGAGGGACCUGUUUAACAUCAUAGUAGAGGGACAUAUUAUACCUAUAACCCUAUUAUAUUUUAUUUAAUUAUUGAAUUUUUUAUUAACUUUUAUUUCCACGUGGCAUCCACAUCAACAUAGCAUGUUGAUUCACUAACGGUCAACAUCAAUUUGAGGCUAUGAUGGCGAUUUCUAAAACACGAGCCAAAGUUGAUUACUUGUGUUGUGUAUAGUUCGAACCAAAAUAAGUUAUUAACCUAUGAUUUUACAAUCACUAUCCAAGCCGACCAGUACUUUCCUAACUCUGGAACAGAUCUAGUCAGUAACCUUGUGAUGCAAUAACCUCAUGCAUAAACCAAUAAGAAUCCGCCACAUCAGCGCCUUCUUCUCUCUCCUCGAAAAAGCUUUAAUUUUCCUUCUCUUAAUCUUUAACGGGUGAUUUCUCACACGUUUUAAGUCAGAAUUGAAUUUUUUUGCACUGUUAUAUCAGAUUAAUUGUGUUAUUCAAAAUGAUAUCCACUUUGAUAUUUUUUGGAACAAAAAAAUUUGCCAGUUAUUACCACUCUAUAUCAUACUUAUUGACUGGUAUUAAAUAAGAGCAUACCAUAUGGUAUGAAAAAUACCACCCCAUACCAGGGUGGUAUAGUAUGUUAUAGAGUUGGUAACGAGAGGUAUGAAAUUUUUUCACCCAUAAAUUUUUGAAAUCCAAUGGAUCAUGAUUAAAUCGUUCCUUCUGUGCAAAAAUUUCCGAAAACAACUAAAAACGGAGGAGAUACCAUAUGGUAUAGACUUGGUAACGAGAGGUAUGAAAAAAAAUUCUCAUAAAAUAUUGAAAAUGCAUAUCAUUUUGUAGAGCACAACGAACUCGUUCCAUCUAUGCAAAAAUAAUUGAAAUCUGAGUUAGAAUGAAGAAUAUAUGAUCCAAUCAGGAAAACUAGCGAAAAUAAAUUUCUUUAAUUCUCCACCCCUAAAUCUGCAACCAUGAUAGGGCAAAAGCGUAUAGCUUCAAUUCCUAUCUUGUAGUAAACCGGAAAGUCCGGGUAUCGUCUCUCAGGGACUGGUACAACCUUAAGAUUUAGCGAUUUAAUAGAGCAAACUAUAGGUGAAAAUGAUUUAAUGAGAUUAUUAACUACUAGCAAAAUUAACUAAACAAGCAAAUUAAAGUGUCGGGUUUAAUUCAAUGGGAGAAGCUCUGGGAGAAGCUCUGGGAGAAACACCGGGAUUCACUACCUAUCCUAUCCAGAUUAAUUCACAUAUUCCAAUCAAUUUAAUCCAUAUCUCUACAGCCAGGAUAUCACUACUGUGCUAGCUAUCCCUGUCGGGAAUUACUACGUACUAAACAAUUAAAUCAAAUCCUACUGUCGUAGCUCAAUGACUUAAUUAUUCAGCCUGAAGAACGAUAUCCUAUUUAAGACCGCAUAGCACAUUAUUUAAUCCACUGUCGCUUCGAUAAGUUACUAUGUCACAUGAAAUAGGUUCAGUUAUUAGGGUUUCACUGUCGCUAAUAACCUAAUUAACUACAAAUCAUUGU